AUGGAGAAACCGAAAUGCGUAUGCUCAUACGAAUAUCUUAGUCUGCACGCGAAUCGGAGAUCGGUGCAAAGCAGACGACUCCGCUCUGAAUCCAACUCGUCGAUCGUUUCAACUCUGCUGCAACCGCCUGAGCUUCGGACUCUGAAGUCGCUGGACCUCGAUGGCGAUCUGAAUUACGCGAUCGACUCGAUGAAAUCGAAAGCGAUGCCGAGCGAAGGCGUCCCCGGAUUUUUCGAUCCUGCCGAUUCCUCCUCGACUACCCCGGGCGCACAGUGCGCGAUCGUGAUGCAAACAGCUACUUCCCUCGGAUGCGCUCGCGCCGAUAGCUACUGGCGAUCCGCUCGUUUAACAGCGUAACAGCGAGGCAGAGCGAGCCGAGCGGAGUCGGAGCCAAGACAGCGAGCGGUGAACGCUUCAUGCGAGAGAGAGAGAGAGAGAGAGGGGGGGGGGAGAGAAAGAGGGCGAGAAAGAAGCAAGGGUGGAGGCAAAAGAAAGAACGAAAGGAAGCCCAAGAAGGGGAUGCAUAGGAAUGGAACGUGACGAAAAUACGUCCGCGCUUCACGAGGGUGCCACGAGCGAGUGAGUAAAUGCACUUUCUGUCAAAAUAUUGGCUCGCUUUUGAUAAUCGCACUCGAUAAAUUUAAUCCGACGCGAGCCUACGUGGAUUCUGAAAUUGCGUCCCGUUUUAGCCAGCUAAAACGUCAGCUCACAAUGUAUA